AUGAAGAACAGAAGGAGAGGAAAACUAAACGAAAGGGGCAAUACGCUGAGGACAAGUAAGUACCAGUUGCGAAGCAGAAAAAACGAUGCAGAACAAAAUGCACAGGAAGAAGAAUCUGAUGGAAACAGCAGCGAUGAAAGCGACUCCUCGCUUUCCUGCUCGUCCCAAUAUAUGACAAGGGAAGAAAAUAUAGACGACUAUGGAAGCAUCAAUGAUUUUCGAAGCGGUCAGCUGAAUGGAGAUAGACUUAGGUGUGAGGGAGAAAUAGGCAUAGAUCUCUGUAAUGAUGAAAAGAAGUACCAAAAGGAGGGGGCACACAGUGUGAAGAAGGUAUUGACCAAGGAGAGCCUGGUGUACGAUCACUACAAAAAGAAGGAUAUUCUCCUCAGCCUGUGGUGGAAAAACAUGAUAGACCUAUAUUCAGAUAUUUUAAUAACUAACGUAUACAGCAACGUAAGCAAUGUGGAUGUGGUAAAUAUGAAUCGCAAGCAGAAGGAAAAAAAGUACCAGUACUUAAACGAAGGUAUUGUCCUCUUUCACAAUUCCAGUAGGAGAGAAAAUUACAAAAUGAGCAUACUACGAGUCGUCACAAAGGAAGAAGUAAACAAGAAGAACGAGAAAGAAAUAUUCUACUCAUCAGCCCUCAAAGAUAACACCGUCGAUGAUUCUUUUAAAAAAUAUUAUAAAAAUAAAUAUAAGCAUAUCCCAGUUAUUAAGAGGUACAACUGUUUGAAUAUUCCAUACUACUGCACCAAUUCUAGCAUCCUGUACUGUGGAAAGGAUGUGAUGAAGAACCAGGUGGAAACAAACUGUGUGGGGGAAGACGCAGGAAAAGUGAUCAUAGCAAGUAAAUCCAUAAGGGGAAAUAUAUUUCUCUACAACAUUGGAAAAACAAUCGAUAGGAUUAACAGGAUGGAAGAUGAUGAAGCUGUGGAUGGAGAAUUGUGUGAAGAUGGAGAUGGGACUAUAACCGAAGAAAUGGACAACCAUAGUAACGCUACCGAGGGAGAAGGAUACACCGACAGUGAAGGUAGCAGUAGUAGUAGUCUAGUGGAGGAUGAUGACGACGAGGACGAAGAGGAUGAGGAGGAAGGGAAAGAACAACUGUACAAUUCCCAACGGAGCCAUGAAAAAAAGGGGAGGAGGACCAUUCCAAGGCGCUCCAAAAAAAAUGCAAAAGUUGUUUAUAGGAAGAAGAGGUCUCCCCCCAAUUGGAAUAACCAUCAAAGUAGAAAAAACAAAUCAUCAGAAAGUUAUAAAAAAAAAAUGAAGGAUAGAAAAAUAUGCGAUGGGGAAUUAUUACUAGAACUGGUUGGGCACAGCAAAACAGGGAAGGGGCUCUUCUUCAAAAAUAAUUACCUCCUCAGUAAUGGGGAUGAUAAAAACAUAUUCAUCUAUGACAUUAAUGGUAACACCGUGCGGGCUAGCGAAAAUAAAUGUGAAAACGGUCAUAUAAACGAUCAUAUAAAUGAUCAUAUAAACGAUCAUAUAAAUGAUAAUAUAAAUGAUCACGUAAAUGAUCAUGUAAAUGUGUCUAAAAUGAAACCGUAUAUUUCAAUCAAGACGAAUGAACUGUAUAGCAAUGUGAGGUGGCUGUAUGAUUCGCUAGUUAUAGGUUCUACGUACAGUGGCUACUUCUCCCUGUUUGACAUCAGGAUGAGGAAUAAAAAUGUGCACGGUGGCUACAACGUGGACGCACUGCGCGAUGGCAAUGUGAACGUUAGUAGCAACGUAAAUGUGCACUCCGUCCACAAGAAAAUCACCAAGUACGAAAUUUCAGAUAUUGACAAGUACAACAACGAUGAUAACAAUCUCAUCUGUAUGAGUUCCUUAAACAACAUUUUCAUUUUUGAUUUACGUUUUAUUAAUAAUAACUUGCCCUACAAAGUUAUUCAUGAUAACUCUUAUAAUAACUAUGGCCUUAACGAACCCUACUUCGAUCCUUACCAGACAUCUGUACAGAACGGAGAAUUCAGUAGCCCCACCAAUGUGAAUUACUUUUACGACCAUUCAUACAAUAAUUAUUACAACGAAGAUUUUUUCAAUUCUGAUACUUUUAUCCAUUCCCUUUUUUGGUGUAACAUUGAAGGAUUUAAUUAUAUCGGUUCCCUCAAUAACAAGGGAAUUAUUAACGUGUUCGACGUGAACAAAAGCAAGCACCACUGCGUUUUCACGUAUGGAUGCAAGUACAUCAAGUUGUUUAAAUUCAACCCAUACAAAAUCAACAACUUUGUCUCUGUGGAUAAGAAUAACAUCCUCAUCCUGUUCACUCUCCCCGAUCAUAUAUACAAGAGCGACCUGGACUUGUAUCUGCAGGAUAACUUCCGCGAGGAGUAG